CAAAUCAGUCAGAGAGUCCCAACGAGCAGACGUGAGCAGACGUGCCAAAAAGUGCUAGGAAUAAAAUAAAACAGAGUGCUUCCAGAACGCAGACACACGCAUACCCUACAUUCACACACUCACUCGCAGGUUAAGCUGUUUUUUUGUUCGUGAAAGAAAAGAAGCAAGAGGCGAAAAGAAAAGUGCGGUGGCAAGCGGAAGAGCUUGAUAGCGAAAGACAGAAAGAAAAAGUGAAAAGGGCAGCAGAAAGCAGCGCAAGAGGAACCAAAGAAAACUGAUCAUGGCCAGUGCAGAGCAGAAACACGCCACCGGGAACGGAACAACUGGCAAUGGAACGGCGAUGAACGAUGUGGACCAGCCCAAGGAUGCCAAGGACCUUCUGCCGCACCUUGAGUCCCUCGAGAGGAUCAUCAAAUUGCCCGUGGUAAAUGCGGCAUGGGACAAGUCCCAGGAUGUCUAUGGCAAAGUAAAAGGCAAAAAUCGUGUCUUCGAAUGGGCUUUAACGGCGGCCGAGGAUUGUGUGACGCGCGCGGUGACAACGGCGGCUCCCUUCGUCACCAAACUGGACCGACCCAUCGCCUAUGUGGACCAGACCCUGGUCAAGGGCAUCGAUAAGCUUGAGGUAAAGGCGCCGAUCAUCAAGGACACACCCCAGGAGAUCUACAACCAGGCCAAGAGCAAGGUGAUCGAUGUGGUGCAGCCCCAUCUGGAGCGCGUCGUCAAGUUCAAGGCAGCUGGUCAGCAGAAGGCCGCCUCGCUGAAGGAUCUCGCCUGGCAGAAGGCCAACGAGGUGCUGGCCACCCAGUACGGCAGUCUGGCUGUCAACGGAGUGGACACCACCACGGCGCUGGCCGAGCGCCUCCUUGAAUACUACUUCCCCAAGUGCGAGUCGGAUGUCGAGGAAGAUAAUGAUGAUAAACAAAAUGCCGUCGUGCAGAAUGGCAAGAGUUCUGAAAAUGACAUUAUUAUUGUUGGGGAGAGCUACGACCGGGAUCACGAUCAAGAGAUUGAUGAUAGAUUCUUAGUGGCCGCCUCGACGGUAUUUCUGUCCAUGUCCCUGAAAAUCAUAACCGAAAUUGUUGAGUACGUUAGAAGAAAUCCAGAGAUCGUAGGCAUUAUCGAUAGGGAACUCAACAAGUUUAUGUGCCAGUUCCCGCCAGCGAGGAUCCAGUCCUACACACAGUACAGACAGUUGGACGGCUAUCCAAUAAGAUCUCGCGUCGCGUCUAUCGAAAUGUCUCCCGACAGAUCAAGCAGGUCCAGAAGGGCAACAUCAACGACUAUCUGAGCUCCCUGAUAGCCGCCCUCAAGUUGCAUCAGUACAUCAAUUUUAUUAACUCGUCGAUGGGCACGAAUGUGGAGCAGUCUGGUGGCAGCAGCAGUGACGCCUGUUCGCCAUUUGGAACCACCACUAGCACCACUACCACCACUACCACCAGCUCCACCAGCAACAACAAGCCCGUUGUUGCCUUGCCACAUGUGGCCAAAAGCAAACGGGCGCCGGCGGUGUCGUCUCAGUAGUGGAGAAACAGCAGCUCAUCUACAAUUAUAUCUAUCUAUAGCUAGAUAUUAUCCUCUUUCACGCACGCUCACCACCUAAGAUACCCCUCUACCUACCACCCACGCCGCCCAUUUUAUAAUGUAUUUUAUAAAUUCUUUUUUUUUUUUUAUUGCGUACUAUUUCAUUGAGUGUACUAGCCGAUACGAGUAGUACUUCCAUAGAGGAUCAUUUAAAGUGGAGAAGGUUAUUCGAACGCACGCCCAAGAAGUCCGCCUCCUCCUGCGCCACCUGCUUUGUAAAUAUUUAUUUGAAGUAUAGCCCUCACCAAUCCUAGUUAUAAGAUAUAGUAGUCGCAGAGAUCCGGGAGUCAGAAGAGAGCGUUUUUUUUUCGUCAAUUUUAGCUGUGCUAAAGUGCCACGCAUGCAUUGAAUAAUACAUUAUAAAUAUAUACACACACACCUAUAUAUGCCUAACAUAUACGCAGAUAUAUGAUAUAUAUACAUAUAGAGAGAAACACACGCACACGGUUGGCAUAGUGCGGUUUAGCUGUACGUAUACGUAAUAUAAUACCUAAUGCUAUUUCUAUAUCUAUUUAAAUUCCAUUGUACGCUCGCUGGGAGCCCAACCAGAUGAUGUUUAAUUGCUAAUGAAAAUGAAUUAUGCCUAAUAUAUAUCCAUACAUAUAUAUAUAUAUAUAUAACACAACACCCCCCCCCUCUCCCCUCACACACUUGUAUGGAGAACCUAGCCAUAAUGUUUGCUCUAAACAACUAGAUUGAUAAUAUUAAAUAUUAAUAAAAAGAACCAACGCAAAACUGGAACGAAGAACAAGAGAAUUGCCAACGAAUUUCUUUUAAUUAUUUUUGCCUCUGCCACUCGAUGAUGAGCGGAAGGGGGUGGGGGGAGAAGGAGGAGCGCUGUAGCUCCUUCUGCCCCCUAUCUGAUUAGGCGCCUUAUCGGGACAGCACUGUACGGUCCGCUGAUUUAUUUCGAGUUCAGUGUAGAGUUCAGUCGCUGCAGCGAAUGAAUUUAUGGAGCACUUGCUGCCCAGAUAAGGCUAUAUGUAUGUAUGUAUGUACACAAUGUUUCCGAACAUGUGAUAUUAAAGUGCGUUUUGCUCGAAAUCGGAAAUCGCUGCUAAAACCAUGUGCUUCAUAAAUGUAUAUCAACUAAAUGUUUCAGCGCACACUUCAGUUACAAAUAUUAGCUGGCUAGAUAAUACCUACAUUUUUCUUUAGUUGUUAGUUACAAUGACGUAUGGGAACUACUUCUGCUUGCCCAUUUGGCCCAGUUCCAGUUUUAAGUUCCCACUUUCUUGAGCCGCACUGUCGCCCAGUGGACUUGUGACUCUGUCCCUGUCGAUAAUGACGGCGUUAAUGGCCGUGCAAUUAUCCGUCUUGUAGAUUGGGCAAAACGUCGACGUCGGCUUCUCGGAGUUUCCUUUUCAUUUCGUUUGGCUUCGCCACUCCACUUCCUUUGCGGAUUCUCCCCUGAUGCUCCACCAUCUCAUUUGUAUGCUCCACGUCUGGCCGAUCGCUUUAAUUUGCGCUCCCGACCAGAGGAACAUGCCAGGGGCUCAGGUGUCUGUCCAAAGUCUGGACUAGGUUCCAGUUUGAACGCCUGGUGCCUGGGGAAUCAAUCUCAGGUCCAGGCCCAUAACCAGACCCAGCAUACUUGGCAUAAUUUUGAGUUUUGCGAAAUGCAUUUGGUUUGAAAAUAUUCAUGAGUUCGGUCUGGCCAGAAGAGGGCUUCGCUGAGGUAUUGGUAUUUCUUGUGGAACCCAUGGAACCCAUGACUUGCUCGACGGGUUCCGAAACCGCAGUCUAACUAAUGCGGCAUGCACAAGGAGAAAAAAUUGGUACAAAGUAAAAUCAAUCACUUUUGAAAAUUACUUUCAAAAUAACUUAGAUUUUAAUAAUUGUAACUGGUAACUAGUAGAAUACCUAGAAAUGCGCAAUUCUUAUCGAAUUUGAAAAGCUUAGACCAAUUCUCCGUAUUAUGAGCGCAAAAAAUUCCAUUUUCAAAUAACAUUCAUUAAUAGCCAUGAUUGUCUUAUUGGUUCUUUUCGAUAGAAGAAUCAUUAUUGAUAUUUUGAUAAGUAAAUCUACUCCUUGUGCUCUACAACACAAUUGUAGGACUCUUGAUACCAUAUUGAUAUUGAUAGGUAAAUCCGAUUCUUCCGAUUGAAGACUUGAUGCCAUCAUGAUAAGUAAAUCUUCGCUGAUUAACUUUCUUGAUGGGUAGAUCCUCUGUGUAAGUGCAAUGCAUCGAUCGUUUGUCGGUCCGUUCGAUGAUCAUGGAGGUAACGAUCGUCAUUGGACAGCCCCCAAUGUAAUGGAAAUGCCAACCGCAAGGUGUGUACACUUCCAAAGGGGGGGGGGCCUCCGUGUGUAAAGAUGUUAAUGGACCCGGACUUUGGACCUGGCCUCUCGAGCCGGUCUCCCCGUUCAGAUUCCGAUUCUUCUCGCAGCGAUGAUGACGAGGUCUGGUCUUCCAGUCUUCGCCUGGCAACGACAAUUCUUAUCGCGGUGAAAGGGGGGGGGGAGCGGUGGAGAGGAGAGAGUGGACCCAUAAAGGCGUUCCAACUAUAAACGUAAUCAAGAACGAGAGGGAAGAGACCCAAGAAAGAGAGUUGGUGCGGAAGUGGUUGGGGGGCAGGUGGUGGUAAAGCCUCAGGAUGAGCCCCCGCCUUCGGCGUAAGGGGCGUGUCAUCCUUUGAUCAACACGAGUGCGAGCAAGACGGGCGAGGUGCAAAGUGCAGAAAGUGGCGUGAUUCUUAUUAUUCAUUCUCUCGCUUCAGAUUAUUGAGUAUGAUAUUGCACGUAUAUGUAUACAUACAUAUAUGGGUAUUAUUGCGCCGACUUCUCUGAUCUCGUCGUGCAUCAUUCUCUCCUGCGUUGCACCUAACUGAUAAGAAUCUGCGUCAGAGGCUCGGAUCUGGAGGUUAUAUCAGUUUAUUCGGCUAGAAGAAUCGAGUGCAACGCAACAAGCGGAUUUUAAAUUCGGUAGCCAAAUACUUAGAAUCUUCGCAAAGAUUUCUUUUUUUUUAAAAAGCUUAUGUAGUCCCAAAUUUAACUAAGGACUUCCUCUCAUUUAU